AUGUCUGCCUUCCCCGACUACUACAAGCUCCUCAGCGUCCCCAGGUCCGCAACGACGGAGGAGAUUCGCACGGCGUACAAGAAGGAGUCUCUCAAGACACAUCCCGAUAGACUUGUAAAUGCGACCCCAGCGGAGAAGCAGGCGGCUACAGAGCGGUUCCAGGCCGUAGCGGACGCAUACUACGUGCUGUCGGACGGUGCCCGACGAAAGGAGUACGACAUCCUAUACACUACUCGCGGUCCUUCAGAGCGUACGGAACAGCCGAACGCCUCUGCCAACUUCUUCUCCACAUUCGCGAACAUGUUUGGCGCAGGAGGUGCGGGUGCUCAGACCAAUGCUGGGCCGACCCCAGGGGACAGGCCAGACGCAGAGCAUGUGUUUGCAGACGUCUUCGAAGAGCUGCUUCGUCCCGAGGUCGACAGACAUGUCCCAUGGUGGACGUGGGUUGGUGCCAUCUGCGGAGCCGGCUUGGGCUUUAUCAUCGCCAACAUCCCCGGCCUUAUGGCUGGCGCGUAUGCGGGGAACCGCCUGGGUGCAAUCAGGGACGCGAAGGGGAAGAGCGUCGCUGCGGUGUUCGGCCAGCUUGGAGGCAGUCAGAAAGCGGAUAUUCUGCGUGCGCUAGCUGCAAAGGUUCUGGGCGCAGCU